CUGGCCAUGUUUAUGUUCAUACGUUCUACGGCAACGUUCAAGGCAUCGAAGAACGUGCCGGUUACAAAAAAUUUUGACAAAUGUUAUUUACACCGUGUAAACCGAUUUUUGGAUUUGUUACAUUCUUUUGUUUAGCUAGGAGUAUUAGCGCUAAUACUUAUAAAAAUAUGAGUAGCUUGGCAGGGGUUCAUUCUGUUGCCUAUGUCACUGUUCCAACGCAGGAUGUUGCUAAAAAAUUGGCACAUGGCUUAGUGAAAAGUAAAUUGGCUGCAUGUGUUAAUAUUAUACCAGGUCUUACUUCUGUGUAUGAAUGGAAAAAUGAGAUCGCCGAAGAUAAUGAAUUGCUACUGAUGAUAAAAACCAGGACUGAUACUGUUGAUGCUCUUACAAAAUAUGUUAAGGAAAAUCAUCCAUAUGAAGUUUGUGAAGUAAUUUCUUUACCUAUUCAGAAUGGAAGUGAAAAGUAUCUUCAAUGGAUAAGCGAAGUGGUUCCACCUAUUGAUAAAAGGAGUUCUAACUAAGUAAGGAGUUCCAUUCCAUGUUCAUCCAAGAGAAACUUAUGUUGUAAUUACAAUAACAUUUAUUAUAGUCCAAAA